CUGCUACGACUAGUCCAAAUAGUUAAGAUAACAGUUCUCUUUCUUAUUUGUGGGAUCUGAUAUCCCCGAAGUGGAAGACGCCUCCCAUGGAGCGCCGCUGGCAGAUGUUGUCACCACUUCCUUCCCCUCUGCGCUUCUCUCUGCGCGCAUUGGACGGGGCUGGCAGCGCGUAAGCUCCCGACUCUGCAGACUGGACUCUAUCUGUCCACAUAAACACAGAAAGAUGAAGCCUUCGAGUCGGACUUUGGCGAAAUCCAGGAACGACCCCGGAGCCAAAGACUAAUUAGGACUGACAGAGGAAAACACUGGCUCCGGUGCGCGCCGCCGCCGCCGCCGCUGUUGCUGCUGCAAUCUGUUGUUGGAGUUGCGCGCGAGAGACUUUUUAACGAAACGACAGGUUGCGAAGGCGUGGACGUAUGCUGAUCUCGAACUUUUUUUUCCUUUUAAUUAACACGUGCACGUUUCGGGAUGCCUGGUGCCUCAGUUUGGACUUUACGCACUUCGCCGCAAACAAGUUAAGGAUGGCGCGUAACAUUCAAACAAACUGAACAUCCAAAAAGGAGGAAUUGAACAUUAUUUUUCUCUUUAGUUAUUUUUUUCUCCUCGGGAUGAGUCGGAUGAUGUGACAGACUAAUUGUGAACAUGCAUCCGAGCAGGAUUUCCUUCAUUGUUUUCGACGUCUCCAAGAGUCAUGCGGAAGCUUACGCUCCAAACAUGCUGAAAAGGUCGACGCAAAGCAGCAAGUUUUCGUUCAUGUGAUUCAUGAAUUAUCGUUAUUAUUAUUAUUAUUAUUUUAAGAUCAAAUCAAGCCUCGUUCAAUUUCGCUCAGCCCAGCUUCCGCGUGUGCGCACAAACACCCUGGACGAGGCAUGGCACUUAUCCCAGGAAAUACCCUUUUGAAUUUUUUAUGGAUGUCGGAUGGCUUUAUGUGUUUAAACUGAGACAUCUGGACAUGCAGUCACAUUUGGAGAGGAAUUCCUGCCUUUCCGCAAUCCAGAGAAACAUGUUGCACAUCCUGCUGCUGCAGUCGGUGUUACUUUGGGGCGGGGCAGACUGUCGAGUCCUGGAGGCCUUGCAGAGAUACUCCUCCUUCCCCACAUACCUGCCUGUCAACUAUCAGCUGCUAAACACAGAGUUGGGUUUUUUCCUCAAGGAAGCCAACCAGGACUUCAUGAGGAACUCUAGCCUGACCUCGCGGACUGAGGCUUUCUUCGUCUACCACACCAGAAACCUGCCGUCGGUGAACGCCAGCUACGGGCCUCUCUCAGUGGAGCAGCCUGUCCCUCUGGAGCUCCUGCAGAGUCCCGGGACAUUCCCUGCCUCUUCGCUAUUCACCUUCAACUGGAAGGUACAGACCUUCAUCAUGAACACGCAAAUUCAUUUAGCCAAGCCCAAAGUCCAGGUGCUGUUUUACAUCGCCGGCAGGGACUGGGACGACUACAGCACCAUCGACAAGCUGCCCUGCGUGCACAUGUUCGCUUUCCACGAGACCCAGGAGGUCCGCGGCGCCUGCCAGCUCAAAGGGGAGCUCGGGCUGUGUGUGGCCGAGCUGGAGCCGCUGGCCGGUUGGUUCAGCCCCCCCAGUGUGGUGCCGGGGCGGCAGAGGAACGCAGAAGUGUCCGAGGGCACCCCGGUGGAGCUCUACUAUCUGCUGCGGUCCACAGAAGCAGGAGAGUGCCACUCUGAGGAGUCCAGAAAGGACAGCUUCAUCCGCUCCAAUCAAGAAGGGCUGUUUGGUACCUACACCUCCACCCCGCUGAGGAGGAUCGGUGGCGUGAGGCUUUACAAGAACCCCAAGGAGCCGCCUCUGAAAGAGCACUGGCUGGAUGAUAACUUCAUGGUCAUGGUCCCGGCCAUGCCCAUGAGGCAGAGGGAGACCGUGUCUGCCUUUAUCAGCGUGUCGCCCUACUCCACCGUGGAGACGUUCACUCUGAGGGUAAAAUUAAAAGAAGGAGUCACGUUCCUCGGGGCGCGUCCCAGCAACCCCACUCAGUGGAUCGUCAGCCAGGACUUGAGGAGUGAAGGUCAUCGCGUGGUAACCCUCCACUGCCUCAGAAAGGAGUCCACUUACGAUCAGCAGAGAUCUGAGUUGGGAGCUCAGAGGGUUCUCCAGGUGGAUCUAAAAAUGGAAAGCUUCCCACAGCCGACAGGCAGCCGCUGGAUGGCCUGGCAAGUGGAGUACCCGGCCAGUCGCGCCAUCACAAAAGAGGUCGAGACAGAGAUUCGCCUGGCGCAGGAGGAACUGGCAGGCAUUGUGCCUCUGGCCAUGGACACUGAGAUCCUGAACACUGCUGUCCUGACCGGGAAGACAGUAGCCGUUCCAGUAAAGGCAGUGACCAUCGGAACGGAUGCCUCUGUCACCGACGUCUCUGAAACGGUGACAUGCCGCUCGACGGAUGAAGACGUAGUGAAGGUCUCCGACAGGUGCGACUACGUUUUUGUGAAUGGCAAGGAGAUGAAGGGCAAGGUGAAGAUGAUGGUGAAUUUCACUUACGGAUACCUCAGCGCUCAGCUGGAGCUCUGCGUGUGGAUCCCUCGCCUCCCGCUCCAGAUUGAGGUGUCGGACACGGAGCUGAGCCAGAUCAAAGGCUGGAGGGUGCCCACCGCCGCAACGGGUCAGAGAGCCGCAUGGGACAUCGAGGACGAGGACGACGAGGACAGGCGGGGACGGAGCUGCACUCUGCAGUACCAACAUGCUAUGGUCAAAGUCCUGACCCACUUUGUAGCCGAGCCAGCCGAGGCGCGAGGUCAGACCGCCUUCAUGCUGGGCUCUGACUGGCAGGUGGACAUCACAGAGCUGGUAGGGGACUUCCUGAAGGUAGAAGACCCCCAUAUAGCAAAGCUGCUUGACAGAAGGAUCCUGGCUGGACAAGACCCAGGAAUGACCACUAUCCAGGUAAUAUCUCACAAAAAAAUUAAAAAUAAAUAAAUAAAUGUGUUGUAACAGAAAAAAUCUCUAAUUUGUGUGAAUAUUUUGGGUCAGUUUACUGGACAACUUUGUUCACCAAAAUUGAUUUAUUUUUGUUAGCAAAAUAAACAUAAAUACAGAACUUUGAAAAGGUAUUUACCCCUCAUGUACGUUCACAUUUCGUCAGAUUACCACCUCCCUUUCUUCAUUGUAUUUUGAUAGAUUUCAUGUGAUUAACAUAAAAUACUACAUCGUAGUAAAGUGGAAUGACAAUGAUACAUGGUUGCCUUUGUUGCUGCUGCAAGUCUUUAGUCUGCUCCAUCUUUUCACAUCUAGAAACCAUAGAAAUCCCAUAAAACCCACAGCAGUGGCUGUCAUUAAACCAUUCAAAAACCUGUGAUGCCUUUAAAGAACAACUUGGGUUUUUUUUAUUGAGAUAAAAUUACAAAGAGGUGAGUACUGAAGCUGCUACUGUUGUACAACACAAAUGAAUGCCACACCUCUCUGCCAAGCUUUAUUUUCACUCUUCUUCACAAAUAAAUUAUUCUUUUUUUUUUUGGUAUGUCACUCAGUCCCAAUAAAAACACUGAUGUUUACAGUUGUAACGUGACGAAAAGUUCAACGAGUAUGAAGACUUCUGCGAGGAACUUGAGGACAAAAUAGAAACUCCUUCCUGUUAUCAUGAAAUAAUAGAGUAUAAUAUAGUUAUCAAAAAAGAGGGGUUUUUUUCUUCCUUUUCCCAUAAUCAGAACCAGAGGGCUGACUCCAUUGUUCACCUUCUUGGCUUUUUGCAAAUUUAUUAAGCAUUCCAAUGUAAUCUUUGUUUUUUGCACAUAUGGACACUUUUCCCACAAUGAGGCCUUAUCUCUGCUGAACAUGUAAUGCACUCCUUAUCAAACAGGGUCCAGCACUUGUGAUUCUUAUCCUUUUGUUUUUACACCACAAGCUACAAACAGUAAGGCUCUAAGUUUGCACUCAGCCGGGAAAUAAAAACGGUCGUGUAAAAUCCUUUGGGCGUAGUUGUGCUAGAGAAAGAUUAACGUACGAGUAAUGUCCUGAUGGAACAGGAACACAUUGUUUAUUGCAAAGGCAAUACAAGUCGGGAAGACCAUUGCUGGUAUUUGAUCGGUGUGUUCUUUUUGUCCAGAGCGGACAGGUGCUCAGCCGUGAGUUGGCCUUUUUGGGCCUGUCAGCUCUUCACUCUGACCGAGUGAAUCUCAACCUCCUAAUGACAUCAGCAAAACAAUAAAAAAAGCAGAAUCUUCUUCUUGGCGUUGUGGAGGGCAGACAUGUGUUCACCUCUACAAACUCUCUCGCAGACUCAGAACACAAGCACGGACCUGAGAGCGUGAUGAACGCAAAGGUCUGACAGCUGCGAUUACCUUUGACAGUCCGCGUGUCACCUGAUACACGAGGAGACACUGGCACGCAGAUGCAUGCACAGGACGACGGUCACAGCUCGGGGUCCAGCUUUCGUUCUUACACUCCCUGCUUUUGUACUCGGCUGAAAUCUCUCUCUUUGUUGUUUAAGGAGAAGGAAGUUUUGUCAGACAACAGUAGACUGAUCUCAUUGGGUGAGUCGCCCAGCUGGAGAAACAAAACGGCAUUUUUGAGAAUUGCUCUGCAUUAAGUUUGACACUUUUUAUGCAAGAUUAACCUAUGGAAGAAGGAAACAUUUUUCUAAACCACAUGCAACUCAGAGCAAUCCAUUUUCUUGCAACUUAUUCACAGCCUGUCAAUCAAGCAAUAUAGGUGACAGUGAAUAUGUGCCGAGAUUUUCCCAUGAUCAGCUUUUCAAAUGAAUCGCUCUCUUUCUGCGCCGUGCCUUGUUCGUCGUACUGUUUACGUCUCUCGGGGAAGACUUAGUGAUUACAGGGGAGAUGCAGAGGGGAAAAAAAGGAAUUAAAGUGCUGGAAGUGCAUCCAUUGUUGUUGAUGAUCCACCUUUAUGGGCUAGUCAAUCGUUUCUUGAAAACGUUACGUGAGUAGGUGCAUUUGGCUCUCCUGUUCCAUGAAAAGUAUGUUUGUUUGAUGCUCUGAGCAUUAUGAUGCGGAGGCUAUAUGGGCUUUUUUUUUCUCUAGGGAGGGGGAUAUUAAUGGAAAUAAGGAUAACCUGAUGAUGUCUAAAAGUUAGAAGAUUGGCCAGCUAUGAGGGAGCAGCUGCUGAGAAGGUCUCGACAUGUGCUGUUCUUCACAAAGACUUCUCAUCCAAAUACUUGCUGUGUAGCCCAAAAACAUGAGGAAAUCAGGUUUUUUAAAUAAUGAUCAACUGACCAUCAGGUAACAAAAUGUAAAUGAUCUAUGAUUUCCUCCAAAUUAGCCAAAUUGAUCUAUAGUUGAACCAUGCUGAACAUAAUGAAGCAGCUCAA